AUGACUACAAAAAAACAUAUCAAUUCAAUGAUUGAUUAUACGUCAUAUAAAUAUUUGGAUCUACAAAAAAAAUGGAUUAUUUGUGAAGGACAUUUACAUUAUUAUUAUCAUCAAAUUAAAUUGCUUAAUAUUUCACAGUUUGCAAUGUAUUAUGUUGUUUUAGCAAAAAUUCCAAUUGAAGAUGAUAAACAAUUUUUUGUUAUGUAUUUAUAUCAAAAUCAAAAACACAAACCAUCAAAAAUUUUUCAAUUAGAUGCAUAUGAAAGAUUAUCUGGUCAAUGUUCAAAAACAAUAAAAUCCAAAUAUGCUUUAUUUGAAUUAAUUGGAAAAGAUAAAAGUGAUAGUAAAAUUUUUGGUGUCAGUAAUAUCCAUGAACGAGAUAAAUGGAUUAAACAUAUUCGUCAAAUAUUAAAUCGAACAAAUCAAAAUUAUAUUUCAAACGAUUUACAUAUUAUUCAUCCAGAUCUGAGACAAAAUUGGAAAGAAGAUUUACAUAAAAUAGAUCAUAUUAAUAGUGAUGUAACUUCUGUUUAUGAACCAUUUGCAUCGAAACGACGUCCAACUUUAUCUAAAUCAAGAAGUACAUCUAUUUUACAUCAUCGUCCUCCACCUCCAAUACCAAACGAAAGAUAUAUAAAUUCAAAUGAAAAUAAUCAAAGAGAAAUACAACAAUAUCAUCAUUCUCAUAGUUCUCAAACAACGGAUAAUAUUUAUCUCUCAGUAACAAAAAUUCCACAAUGUCUUAUUAACGAACAUAAUAAAAGAAAUAUAAAGUCUCAAUCAAAUUUUGACAUAAAAACAAAAGAAGAUUUUUCAACAUCAUUAGAUAAUCAAUCAUUUACAUGGGAUGAUAUCUUUUAUGCUAACGAAUUUAAUGAUCAUGCACAUAUUCUGAAUAAAAUUUCUCAAAUUGGAGCUUUUCUUGUUCGACCUCAUUCUCUGAAAACUAAUUCAAAUUAUCAUGAUUAUACAUUAAAUAUUUAUGCAUAUGGAGAAAUAAUAAAAUAUAAAAUCUUAGUUUUAGAGAAUGAUAAAUAUAGUUUAGUAGGCAAUAAUAGUCAACCAUGUUUUUUUACUAUUCCUGAUCUUUGUCAAUAUUAUACAAAUCAUCAAUUACCACGUUCAACUUUACGAAUUGAUUCAACACAAAAUACUGUUGAAAAUAUUUAUCUCAAAUGGCCAUAUACUUAUUAUGAAUAUAAUCAAAGAAAUAAAUUUUAA